UGAUUCUAUAGAGCUCCAAAUCUUCGAACGAUUCGGCAAAUUACUGUCGACGAUGGGAGAACCUCCAAUUCUAUCUCUUCUCGUUUCGCUAUUGUCGCUGGUUCCGAUUUCGCUGGCAUACAGGCCCGGAGACAUCGUUCCGAUGAGCAAGAUGGGACAGUAUCACUCGUCGAGAACAGUUUGGCAUGAUAUGAUAGGUCGACAUUGUCCAAUUUUUGGCGUCAAUCGGGAGGUUUUGGUUCCUAUACCGAAACCGGUCGGCUAUACAGGAGCUGAUCCGUAUAAAAUAUCCUUUCAAGUUGGAAAAGAGAAGUUUCUUGUCCCAUGGCUUCUUGUGAUAAAUCGCAGAAGUGCAGAAGUUCCAAUGAUUGAUGUCCACUUGAGAUAUUCUGGAAGUGAUCUUCAUGGUGUGACUGCCAAAGUAGUAGACAUGCCUCAUAUCUAUACUGAUACACAUCCACAUAUUAGCAAAGAAUUCUGGGAUCAACAACAUUGGCCAAAGCACAUCCUCGUCCGUUAUACAUGGGAGGAGCAAUCGGAGAUUGAUGUGGUUUCUGGAUUAUAUGUUUUGUUCGGAUCAGGUCUUACGCUAUCUUUUAUUCUGUCGAUUUUCAUCUUGCAAUCAUCGAAGGACAAGUUAGCAAGGUUUGUAAGAGAAACAGUAGUUGAAAGCAGCAUUCCUGACGUUGGAGUAGCAAAAGUCGAGUAGAGUCUAGUGGAGGGAAUUCUUCACGGAAACACUUGCAUGAUAUUAAGCUAGAAGUUGGCGUUACCCAUUCAAGUUGAAGGGCUAUAAAUCACACUAUCAUUGGCCCUUCCAGAGGGAUAAAAAAGCGGUAUGCAACUUGCACAUUUCUUUUAGAGACAAAAUUUAACUCUUUAUCUGUAAGGUGUAUGUAACUUGGAAGACAUCGGUCUACGUCUACCUCAAAAAAGGUCUAAUAUUACGGACCCCCAUAUUUUAAUUUUCUAGGUCGGGGAAGAAUCUUCUUUCUUUUAAAAAAUAUAUUUUUCCUUCUGUAAAUGCGACUAAGACUAGUUAGGUAAUUCUACAUUGGGUAAUUUCUUUACACCCUUGUACUUUCUGUCCCUAUAGUAUUUCUCAAUUACUGGCAUCUCUUUUUGAAACCUUCAA